UUUCCAGAGUCGCCGACAUGACCGAGACAGCACCCGCCGAAACGGCUCCUCCAGCCGCACCCGCCGCCGCAAAGAAGAGUCCCAAGAAGAAGGCGGCCGGCCGGAGCAAACCAGCCGGUCCCAAGCUGGGCGAACAAAUCGAUAAGAUUGUGGCGGAUUGUCGCGAUAGGAAGGGUAUGUCCGCUGUGGCCAUCAUGAAGGCUCUGAUCAGCAGCGGUGUCGAUGUGGGGAAACGUCGCGCCCAGAUCAGGAUGUGCAUCAGGAAGAGAGUGGAAAGCGGCUCCUUGGUUCAGACCAAGGGCGCGGGUCUUUCGGGAUCCUUUAAAUCCGGUCAAGGAAAAAGUGCCGUGAAAGUAGGGAAAAAAGCGAACAAGCCAACGGCAAAGAAAUCUCCCAGCAAGAAGUCUGGCGCCAAGAAACCAGCGGCUAAGAAAGCGGCAGCGAAGAAACCAGCGGCCAAGAAAGCGGCAGCAAAGAAACCAGCGGCCAAGAAAGCCUCAGUGAAGAAACCAGCGGCCAAGAAAGCUGCGCCGAAGCCCAAGAAGACAGCAGUCAAAAAGUGAAUUGAGAAUACACCAUUUGUAAGUGUUUGAACCCAACGGCUCUUCUCAGAGCCACCCACGUCUCAGAAAAGAGCUGAUCAUGAAUAUUGUGAUUCCCGCGCCGGGUCCGAAUGAGUUUUCCAGGGGAACUUCUCGCAUAAAACCCGAUAUUCCCGGUACCUCGCUGACAUUCAGUGGGGCAGUGACGCCCCAGAUUUGAAGUGAAACACUCGAGUUUCACUCAGGCUGUGUGUGUGAGUGAGAGAGAGAGAGAGAUUCCGCGCCUCACACCCCAAGACCCGAUUCAGCUGAGUUGAUUGGGAACUACUCAAAAACCUAUGUGAGAGUGGAAGGGGCGUCCUGAGAGACGGAUCUGUCUCUGCGGAUGGGCUGCAGGGGGAAGAUACAUGAUAAACUACCCCGUGGCAUUGCCGACUGACCUUCAUUCAGUUACCAGCCACAAAACUACAUAAGUUUAUUCACACAAAACGGCAACAUUAAAUAUGUACUAGACAGUGAAACCGAACAACCCCAUCAGGAGGGCAGAUCAUCACUACAAUAAUACAAUGAUCA